AAAACGCGUGUGUUGUGUCUAUUUCCCUCCCCCUCUUACUGAAAAUUCUUACUAUAGGUACUACUAUUAGUAAUACAUACAUACAUCUACACAUAUAUGUUUUUGGUCUUUUUCUAAUGCACUUUUAAAAGUAAUACUGGCUAUCUCACUUGUGUUUUGUAGAUUGCCAUCCCCAAAAAAUAACUCACGCGCAAUGUCCCAGCCCUCUCUCUUUUAACAUUUCCUCAAUGUGGCAUUUAAGUUUUAGACGUUAUUCGCGUUAGUAGUCUAUUUCUCUUGGUAUUUUGUGUUGUAAGUUGUAACACACAUGUCUAACGCGAGUUAGCUUGACAAAAAAUAUAUAUAUAUGUAUAUGUUAAUAAAAAAUACGGUGCACCGGUGAUAGAUAUUUACUAAUAAUUAAAUGUGUUCUUAUUAUUUUAUUAAUUAUUUUAAAUUAUAUUGUUUAGCUAAUUUAUAUAUAUUUGUGUGUGUUAAUUAGCGGUGCUUAUAACAUUGUUUACGUUUUUUAUAACUUUUUAUUAUUUUAUUUUUAUUUUAUGUAAUAAUUGUAAAAUAACUUAUUAUUAUUAUCCACUUCCUGGUUUGUUCGCGCACUUGUUUGCUUGUUUUUAAUCGCAACUGACGUCAUCCUCAGUGUUUGGACCUUGAAAUUUUUGGCUCGUGGAAUUACGCAUCGGGGACUUGCGGUUGGCAUUGAAUUAUCACAAGUCCCACUUUGCGGUAGCAAUAAUUUACAAUGGGCACCUCGGAGCAGCAUUACUGUCUAAGAUGGAACAAUCAUCAUGCAAACAUGAUAACGGUAUUCCAAGAAUUAUAUCAAAAUGGAGCACUGACUGAUGUAACCAUUGGACUUUCGGAUGGUUUAUUGGUUGAAUGUCACAAGCUAGUACUCGCUGCCUGUUCCUCAUAUUUUCGUAAAAUACUACAAAAUUUAAACCGACCACGUGCAUUGAUACUCGUUAAUGUCAAAUACUAUCAGAUGAAAGCGAUACUUGAGUAUAUGUACCAUGGCGAAGUCAGUGUCACUACUGAAGAACUCCCGGCACUGCUUGAAAUAGCUAAUUAUUUGAAAAUAAAAGGCCUGACUGAUGUGCCAGAGUUUCCUGAUUCAUCUUCACGGUCGUCUUCGCCAUGUGCGCAAACACGACAGUCGCAAACGCAAUCUCAGUCACAUUCGCAACAACAACAGCAGCAACAGCAACAACAUCAACAACCGCAACAUCAAAACAAUAAUCAUCAGCAACGUCGCUCACGUCGUGAUCAAGUCAGUCCGGUAUCGCCAUCACCGGCAAUAACCACCAGUUGUAUGAACUAUUUGGCUGCUAAUUCUGAUAAUAUUGGCAAUGGAAAUGGUAAUAAUGGGAUUGGUAGUGAUCAUACGUCACCGCCACAUUCAACCAGUUCACCAUACUACAACAAUUAUCGUAAAUCACCAGCUCGUGCUCACAGCGAAUCACGUUUUCCGACAGCCUCCGGAUGGAAUUUACCGUUUGCUGGAUCACACUUUGCAUCGUCUCUCCAUCAAGGGUCAUCGAUGUCUGCCCACCAUGCGUCUCUGCUUGCUGCUCACUACGAGAACGAUCUAAAUACCCGUAAGAACAAAUUACCAAAUUAUAUGAUGGGUCGUGAUACACCUAUACUAAGAACUGUUCUUGGACAAGGUAACGCUGAUAGUUCCCAAGGAGCCGUACCACUUAUUCACGCUGACAAUCAAGAGUACCGUAGUCCCAGCAAUCAUUCGGCCAAUGAUAACACGGACAGCAGACGCAACAGCAUGAGUCUUUCGCAAGGACGCAGCCCCUAUGACACUGUCGUCAAUGAUAGCGAAAAAAAAUUGUCACCACGCAUGCGUUCAACCACUGAACCAAAUCGUGAAUGGAAACGUUAUAAGCAGUACACUAAAGAAGAUAUAGCGUCAGCUAUUGAAGCUGUGAGAAAUGGUAUGAGUGCACUCCAAGCUUCGCGUAAAUUUCACGUACCAUCGCGCACACUUUACGAUAAAGUCAAAAAAUUAGGUAUCGCAAACACACGAUCAAUGCGCCGUAGUAGUAAUAAUAGCGGAGCCAGUUUUCCGUAUGGUAUUGGUGGUAAUGUUAACGGUAGUAUUUAUGCAUCGAUGUCUGACAAUGACUACGAUAAUAACACCGGUGUUUUUGAGAGCCCGAGUGCUAUUAUUGAAGCAGCUUAUGCCAAGAGUAGAGACAAUUCAAACGAUCGUGAUUCGGCAAUGGAAAUAUCCCGAGUUACCCCGACUCCGACUCCAAGUCCUAGUCCGAAUCGAUCGAUUCAAAGCGCUGGUCAUAAUCAGCCACAAGAAGUUGAUCUAGAAGAUCAAGUUGAAGACUUGUCAAUGAGUAGUAGAAAGUCUGAUGUACGUGUAAUAGUAUCACCUGUUAUCAAAGAAGAAAAACCUGACCCAGAUAAUUUUAAUCACAAAUGAUUGUAAUUAAUUUUUUUUUCAUGAAGAAUAGACUAUCUGACGCGGGUUUAUUAUUAAAGAAAAAAAGCUUCGGCUUUCACUGAAUAAUUUUAUCAUCGUUAAUUCCGUGAUAAGACUGAGACCGCGUGCAUACUUGUAAUUUUAGAGACUGAGAAAUAUCUAUCACCGUAUCCUAUUUCUUUUUUUUUUUUAAUUAUUAUUUUUAUUUUUAUUAUUAUUAAAAAUUUUUUUUUCUUAAAGAAAAAAAAGCUCAUAAAUAAUAUCUCAGAUCUAAUUAAUAUCUUAUAUGUUUUUUCUUACGACUGAGCUUUAACUAUUUAACGCAUGUUAACGUUAAAAAAAAAUAAUUAAAGAAGAAAGAUUAUAUUUAUAAAUAAUGUUUAUACAUUAUUAGUGUACUAGAUCAUGUUAUUGUGAUUAAUUAUUGAACGUACUCUAGAGAAGAUUAUUUACUUUAUUAUGAAGUAUACAUUAAAUGAGGAUUCAAAUAUAUGAGAAAGAGUAUAAAAAUUAAUCGCGUGAAUGAAGAUUUUAUUAGAAGAAAAUUUGUAUUUUGUUACAAAACUAUUUUUUUUUUUUAAUCAACGGCUUGAUAUUCGAGUACAAUUAAAUGUGGAAUAUUACUUUGGUAAUGGAAAGUAUAAAAAAAAAAUGAUAAUAAUUCAGAUAAUUAUAAGUACAGCAUGAAAUGCUAAAUAAUUAAAAGACAAUUAUACUAAAAUGAGAAAAAGAUUAUUGAGCAAAAUUGUAGCUAUAAAAAAUUUUUUUAUCAACACUUACGUAAAAAUAGAAAGAAAAAAAUACUAUCGUUAAUGACUGAGUAUAAGUGUUAAUUUUUUUAAUUUUUUUUUUGUUAUUAAAGAAAUACAAAUUUAGAAUAAUUAUUCGUUAUCGUGAAUUUA